GGUUAUAUUUAUCCGUUAUAUUUGUCUCCACUACGUAAAAUUCCCGGUCCACCUGUUGAUAAUUUCAUUCUUGGACAUUAUGCUACUUUUUUAAAGAAAGGGUUAGGUGAAUCUCUUGCCCACUUAGCAAAACAAUAUGGCGGGAUAGUUCGAUAUCAUGCUUUAUUCAACAAACCCUAUUUAUUGAUUUCCGAUCCAAAACUUGUCCAAAAAGUACUGAUAAAUCAUUCUUAUGAUUAUGCAAAGUUGUUCUUAAACACAACUGUAGCAAAGGAUAUGUUUGGUGAAGGUAUUUUACUUGCUAAUGGAGAUUCUCAUAAACGACAAAGAAAAAUGAUGAAUCCUUCAUUCGCUUUUGCCAAUAUCAAGGAAAUGGCACCAACAUUCGUUCAAGCUGGCUAUAAAUUAAAAGAUAUCUGGAUAAAACAAAUUGGCAAUAAGAAAGAGAAAAGAAUUACGAUAACUGCAUUAAUUCCAAAGAUAACUUUGGACGUUAUUGUUGUUGAACAAAAGAAUUCUCUUAUUCAAGGAAAAGAUUUAUUGUCUUUGUUGGUAAAAGCAAAUGAGAAGUUGCCUGUUGAUGAACAAUUAACACAUGAUGAAUUACUUAGCCAGGUUAUGACAUUACUCAUAGCUGGACAUGAAACAACUAGUACUGCAUUAUCUUGGGCACUAUACUAUCUUGCAAAAUAUCCAGAUGUUCAGAAUCAUCUUCGAAAAGAAUUACUGGACGUAUUUAUUGAUCGUAAUCAUUUUCCAACAUUUGAUGAAAUUGAACAGUUGAAAUAUUUAGAUUGUGUCUUUAAAGAAACUUUAAGGAUCGCUCCACCUUUUUAUGCAAUCCAUCAUGAUCCGUUAAUUUGGGGUGGUGAUGCAAAACAUUUUAAUCCAUCUCGGUGGCUUGAUCCAGAAAUAAAAGCAAAAAUAUCAAAUAAUACUUUCUUCCCUUUUGGCGCUGGCCCAGCAAGUUGCUUAGGAAUGAAAAUGGCUCAAUUGGAACUUAAAUUCAUUUUAUCCAUAAUUAUUAGAAAUUUUGAGUUUAAAUUAGUUGAAGGUUUUACUUUUCAAAAGAAAACACUUGUUGUAACUAGACCUGAACCUGGAAUUGAUUUAUGGGUUUCAAAAGUGGAUUAUUAA